AUGUGUGGAAUUUUUGGAUACUGUCAUUUUCUGAUUGAGAAAACAAGAGGGGAAAUUAUCGAAACCUUACUCGGAGGCUUGCAAGCAUUGGAGUACAAAGGUUAUGACUCAAGCGGCAUAUCAAUUCAAGGUGAUGAGUUGGGGUCUCUCGACAUCUAUAAGCAAACUGGGAAAAUAAGCAACCUGAGGGAAGAGAUUGACCUUCGCAAUCCUAAUAAGAACCUGUCGUUUAUUUCACACUGUGGCAUCGCACAUACUAGGUGGGCAACUCAUGGGGAGCCAAAACGUACCAAUUGUCACCCACUUAACUCUGAUCCAUCUAACGAAUUUGUCGUGGUGCACAAUGGGGUUAUUACCAAUUUUGCUAAUCUGAAAGCAUUGUUAGGGGAAAAGGGCUACGUGUUCAAAAGCGACACAGAUACUGAAUGCAUUGCUAAACUGUACAAAAAAAUUUAUGAUACAAGCAUUGAACUUGGGUUCAACCUCGAUUUUCAUGUUCUAACGAAUUUAGUACUCAAUGAAUUGGAAGGCUCGUAUGGGCUGCUUUGCACUUCUUCUCACUUUCCAGAUGAAGUUGUUGCCGCAAGAAAGGGUUCACCGUUAGUUAUUGGUGUUAAGGGGAAAAGAAGUAUAAAAACAGAUGUUGUCGAGGUCGAAUACUUAGACCAAAACGAAAACUACCUGGAAAUCAAUGCACCAACCAAAAAUUCUGAAGAUAUUUUGGAUGAAUUACCUGUACAAUAUAAUAGUAGUUUAAGAAAGUCCCCCCCUCUUCGUUCUCAGUAUCUGGGAACUUCUACACGGGACAAAGAUAUCUCCUCACUCAAUCAUGUGUCAUCAAGAGAACUAUUAAAAGAAGGUGGGUUGCUGCAACCCAUAGAGUUCUUUUUAUCAUCUGAUUGUUCAGCUUUAGCACAUUAUGUGAAUAAUGUGUUGUAUUUGGAAGAUAAUGAUAUUGCCCAUAUUUACGACGGGGAGCUUCAUAUCCAUCGCUCUAAUGUUAAUCCUGGGGACUUUUCAUUUAGAACAGUUCAAAAGUUGGAAUCAGAGUUAUCGAAAAUGAUAAAAGGCCCUUAUGAUCAUUUCAUGCAAAAGGAGAUAUACGAACAACCUGAAACAACUGAGAAUGUCAUGAGAGGAAGAGUUGAUGCCUCGACAAACAGAGUUGUUCUAGGUGGACUGGAAAAUUGGUUAACAGAGUUGAGAAGAGCAAGAAGAAUAAUAAUGGUUGCAUCCCAGACAUCUUACAAUUCUUGUGUAGCUGCCCGUCCUAUCUACGAGGAGCUGAUGGAAAUUCCAAUUAACGUCGAAUCAGCUUCGGAUUUUAUUGACCGCGAUUGUUGCAUAUUCAGGAAUGAUGUUUGUAUAUUUGUUUCUCAAAGUGGCGAAACUGCUGAUACAAUUCACGCGUUGAAAUACUGUAUCAACAACGGGGCAGUCACCAUUGGAGUAGUUAACUCCAGCGGUUCUUCUAUUUCAAGGCUUACAGAUUGCGGUGUUUACCUAAAUGCAGGCCCUGAAAAGGGAGUGGCAUCAACAAAAUCAUAUACCUCUCAGUAUGUUGCCUUAGUCAUGAUUGCUUUAUGUCUAUCGGAAGAUUCGGUGUCUCGGAUUGAAAGGAGGAAAGAAAUAAUUCAGGCGUUAACUUUGAUUCCAAACCAAAUUAAGGAGGUUUUAGAGCUCGAACCUUCUAUCAUUAAAUUGUGUGAAAAUGAACUAGAAAAGCAAGAAACAGUUUUCUUUUUUGGAAGAGGUUUCCAAUUUGCAUCUGCUUUGGAAGGUGCUUCGAAAAUGAAAGAGAUAUCGUACGUGUAUUCUGAAGGUAUUCUUACCGAUGAUCUAAAACGUGGGGCCUUAUCUGUGGUGGAUAAUGUCCUGCCAAUUAUUGUCUUUGCAACAAAGGAUGCUAUUUUACCCAAGGUUGUGUCUUCCGUUGAACAGAUCAUGGCAAGAAAGGGCAACCUAAUUAUCAUCUGUAACAAGGGAGAUAAGACAUGGAAGCAAAAGAAGCAACCAAGAAACAUUGUUACACUUGAAGUACCCCAAACUGUAGAUUGUCUUCAAGGACUACUAAAUGUUAUUCCUUUACAGUUAAUUUCCUAUUGGUUAGCGGUCAAGAAAGGUAUCGGUGUUGAUUUUUCAAGGGACCCGGCGAUGUGA